AUGGCUGAAUUGGGUCAGAAUCUCCCCAUGGAGAGCUCUCGAGAAGAUCAGCAGAAGAGACAAGGAACAAGAGUAUUCAAGAAGAGCAGCCCAAAUGGAAAAAUAACAACAUACCUUGGCAAACGAGAUUUUAUUGAUCACCUGUCUCAUGUAGAUCCCAUCGAUGGUGUUAUCCUUGUGGAUCCAGAGUAUCUCAAAGAGAGGAAGGUAUUUGCUCAUAUCUUGGCUGCCUUUCGCUAUGGUCGUGAAGAUCUGGAUGUUUUGGGACUUACUUUCAGAAAGGAUCUUUAUUUAUCCUCAAUGCAGGUUUACCCACCAGUGCAAGAUGGCAAGGAAUCCAAACCACUUACCAGACUUCAGGAGAGGUUGAUAAAAAAGCUGGGACCAAAUGCCUUCCCGUUUUGUUUUGAACUACCACCAAAUUCGCCAGCUUCUGUUACACUACAGCCUGCACCCGGUGAUACUGGCAAGCCUUGUGGAGUUGAUUAUGAGCUGAAGACAUUUGUGGCUGACAAUAUUGAUGAAAAACCACAUAAAAGAAAUUCAGUACGGUUGGCUAUCCGUAAGCUGACUUAUGCACCAGAAGAACCGGCACCCCAGCCCAAUGCUGAAGCUGUAAAAGAUUUCAUUAUGAGCCCAGGGAGUAUUCGUCUGGAGGCAUCCCUUGACAAAGAGAAAUAUUACCAUGGUGAGAGCAUUGCUGUGAAUGUGCUAGUUGACAACAACACCAAUAAAACAGUGAAGAAAAUUAAAAUAUCAG